AUGAAGAUCUUCGAACUGGCUACCGUGACAUACGGUACUGCAUCCGCAUCAUUCCUUGCAGUACGCGCCUUACAGGAGAUUGCAAAUCUAGAGCGACAUAACAUGCCGAUAGGAGCUUCAAGAAUCUUGACUGACUUCUACGUGGAUGAUCUUCUGACAGGUGCCAACACGAUUCAGGAACUCAUAACAAUACGAAACGAAGUCAAUACUAUACUGAAUAAAGCGGGAUUUUCUCUACGCAAGUGGGCUUCAAAUGAGCAAGCGGCGUUAGAAGAUUUAUCAGGAUCACAUUCCAGUUGCAUUUUGAACAUAAAUGAGGAUGCAAACUCACCUACAGUUGGCUUACAAUGGAAUUCUUCAAGCGACACAUUUCAAUUCCAAAUCACGAUCUUUAAGCAUGCUAAAAUCUCAAAGAGAAGCAUAUUAUCUACCAUAGCACGCAUUUUCGAUCCCUUAGGAAUUUUGGGACCAGUUAUAAUCACAGCAAAAAUUAUUAUGCAACGACUGUGGCAAUUAAAGGUUGAUUGGGACGAGACUGUUCCCAGCGAUAUACAAACUCAAUGGUCUCGUUACGAAUCGGAACUUCACACCUUGAAUCAUCUUCAGAUACCACGCAAGGUUGCUUCUCAGCAUUCAGAGGUCAUGGAACUAUGCGGAUUCUCAGACGCCAGCGAAAGGGCAUAUGGCGCUUGUGUAUAUGUUCGUAGCAAAUUAGCAGAAACUCAGUACGAGGUAACUUUAUUGUGUGCAAAAUCAAGAGUAACUCCGUUAAAAAAUCUGUCAUUGCCUCGUCUGGAAUUAUGUGGAGCAGUACUUCUGUCUCAAUUAAUGCACAAGGUCACGGAAUCUGUAGAUUUCAAAUUUGCGCGAAAACGCUAUUGGUCAGAUUCAACCAUAACACUUGCUUGGAUAAAGUCACCUCCUAGAAAAUGGAGCACCUUUGUUGCCAAACGCGUCAGUGCGAUUCAGGAUACGUCCGAUCCAAACGAUUGGUAUCAUGUCGACUCAUUGCACAAUCCUGCAGACAUUAUUUCAAAGGGGAUGGCACCAGCGUUGCUACUUAAGUCGGAAUUAUGGUGGAAGGGUCCCCCGUGGCUCUCACGAGACACUACUGAAUGGCCUGUCAAGGCAUUGCCACUAAAUCAAGAAAUUCCGGAGCAACGAAAAACGAUGGCAAUCACGACUACCGAGCUAAAAUCACCAUGGUUAAAGCCUAAGUUCAAAGGAAGGUUAUCCAAUGAAGAAAUAAAUGCUUCUGUACAAUCUUUAGUUAAGAUUAUCCAAUCGUCUGCGUUCACAAAUGAACUCAAAUGCCUGCGCAAUCAACAGCAAGUACUCAAAAACAGCAAACUCCUAUCUCUCAGCCCGUUUCUUGAUGAGCAAGAAAUUUUGCGAGUAGGCGGAAGGCUUCAGAAUGCCAAGCUACCAUAUUCAGCAAAGCAUCAAAUGGUGCUACCUUCCAAGCAUUCUUUCACAAAAUUGUUAGUAGAAUAUGAGCACUCCAGAUUACUUCACGUUGGCUCGCAAACUACUUUAGCAGCCAUACGUCAGAAGUUUUGGCCGUUAGAUGGAAGAAACACGGUUCGCCACAUCAUAAGAAGAUGCAUCAAAUGCUUUUGCACAGCGCCUGUAGCUACCCAGCCAAUUAUGGGCAAUCUCCCAUUACACAGAGUCCAAGUCACACGAGCUUUCGCGAACGUAGGAGUCGACUUUUGCGGCCCAUUUCAACUUCGUGAAUCUAAACGACGAAACGCUAAAAUUGUGAAAUCGUACGCUGCAAUUUUUGUAUGUUUGGUUACAAAGGCCGUUCACGUAGAGAUUGCUUUUGAUUUAUCCGCCGAAGGUUUCAUACAUGUUCUUAAGCGCCUGAUAGGACGAAGAAGCAUACCCAGCAACAUUUUUUCUGACAACGCAACUAACUUCGUGGGAGCGGAGCGAGAAUUAAAGGAAUUGCGGGACAUGUUCAUCAAGGAAAAACACAAAAUAAUUCAUGAUGUAACUAGCCAAGGUACUCAAUGGCAUUUUAUACCUCCGAGAGCUCCAAAUUUUGGUGGCAUUUGGGAAGCCGCCGUGCGAUCUUUCAAAUUUCACUUCAAAAGAGUAGUCGGCACAGCCUUGCUGACAAUAGACGAAAUGCAAACCCUAGCUAUACAGAUAGAGGCCAUAUUAAAUUCUCGUCCUCUUACUGUUAUGUCCAAUGAUCCCAACGAUUUAUCCUUUCUAUCUCCCGGGCAUUUCCUCAUCGGAGACACACUUACCGGCAUCCCGGAACCUACGUUGCUAGACGUACCAGAAAAUAAGCUUUCCAGAUGGCAGCGAGUAGAGCAGAUGCGUCAGCAUCUAUGGAAAAGAUGGUCCAAGGAUUAUCUGAAUCAACUACAGCAACGGACAAAGUGGCAAAUCAAAGAUACCAAUGUUUCCCCCGGGGACAUGGUACUCAUUCGAGAGGACAAUAUCCCACCUCUGUGUUGGCCUCUUGGUCGGGUUCAGGAAAUUCAUCUCGGCGCGGAUGGUGUCGUCCGAGCUGUGACAAUUAAAACGGCCAAGGGAGUUUUUAAACGGCCAUGCAAUCGAUUAAGUUUAUUACCUCUGAAGAAAUAA